GUCUCUGCGCAUCUCCGAGCUCUGACCGCACACCGGACUCUCCGGAUAACACGCACAUCAGUCCGCUAUUCCGCGUCACUGUCACCGCUGCAGAGGGAGGCCUGCACGCCCAAGCGAGAGCUCUUUUCCGGGAUACAGCGCUGCGGUUGAUCCGGUGACUAUGGUGCAGCAGAGGAGACAUAUUGGGCUCGGUUGAAGGACGCGUUGCGCAUUGGAUAAACCGGAAACAUCCUGAACUACCUUGUGUAUUGGCCAGGGAGGCGGUGUUAACAGUGCCAGCAGCCAUGAUGGAUGCAGCGGAGUGCGGGGUGAGGGUGAUGUGCCGCUUCAGGCCCCUCAACGAGUCCGAGAUCAACCGAGGGGACAAAUACAUCCCCAAAUUCAAAGAGGAGGACACAGUGGUCAUUACGGGUAAACCGUACGUGUUUGACCGCGUUCUGCCUCCCAACACGGCGCAGGAACAAGUGUAUGGCCAGUGUGCCAAGCAGAUAGUUAAAGAUGUGCUGGGCGGGUACAACGGGACCAUCUUCGCCUACGGACAGACGUCCUCCGGGAAGACACACACCAUGGAGGGCAAACUGCACGACCCCCAGCUGAUGGGGAUCAUCCCUCGCAUCGCCAACGACAUUUUUGAGCACAUCUACUCCAUGGACGAGAACCUGGAGUUUCAUAUUAAGGUUUCUUAUUUUGAAAUCUACAUGGACAAGAUCAGAGACCUGCUGGAUGUGUCCAAGACGAACCUCUCUGUGCAUGAAGACAAAAACAAAGUGCCCUAUGUCAAGGGUUGCACUGAGCGCUUUGUGUCCAGUCCAGAGGAGGUGAUGGACGUCAUCGACGAGGGCAAAAGCAACCGCCACGUGGCCGUGACUAACAUGAAUGAGCACAGCUCCCGCAGCCACAGCAUCUUCCUCAUCAACAUCAAGCAGGAGAACAUGGAGACGGAGAAGAAGCUGUCGGGGAAGCUGUACCUGGUGGACCUGGCGGGCAGCGAGAAGGUCAGUAAGACGGGAGCAGAGGGCGCCGUGUUGGACGAGGCCAAGAACAUCAACAAGUCUCUGUCAGCGCUGGGAAACGUGAUCUCAGCUCUCGCCGAGGCAACAAAAACCCACGUGCCGUACAGGGACAGUAAGAUGACCCGCAUCCUGCAGGACUCUCUGGGGGGGAACUGCCGGACCACCAUCAUCAUCUGCUGCUCGCCCUCCGUCUACAACGAGUGCGAGACCAAGUCCACGCUCAUGUUCGGACAGAGAGCCAAGACCAUCAAGAACACGGUGUCUGUGAACCUGGAGCUAACGGCCGAGGAGUGGAAGAAGAAAUACGAGCGGGAGAAGGAGAAGAACAAGAACCUGAAAACCAUCAUCCAGAGGCUGGAGGCCGAGCUAAACCGCUGGAGGAACGGCGAGAACGUUCCUGAGGAGGAGCAGCUGAGCGCUAAAGAGCAGAAGAGCGUGGAGCCGUGCGACAACACCCCCGUCAUCGACAACCUGCUCCCCCCCGGAGGAGAGGUCUCCGUCUGCGGGGACGAGAGGAGCAAGUUCGAGGAGGACAUCAGCAACCUCUACAAACAGCUGGACGACAAGGAUGAUGAGAUCAACCAACACAGUCAGCUGGGGGAGACGCUGAAGGAGCAGAUGAUUGACCAGGAAGAGCUGCUGGCGUCCACGCGGCGCGACUACGAGAAGAUCCAGGAGGAGCUGUGCCGGCUGCAGGCGGAGAACGAGCUGGCCAAGGAGGAGGUGAAGGAGGUGCUGCAGGCCCUGGAGGAGCUGGCCGUCAACUACGACCAGAAGAGCCAGGAGGUGGAGGAGCGCGACCACAACAACAUGCAGCUGAUCGACGACUUGCAGCACAAGACGGUGCUGCUGUCGGCCGUGCAGAGGGAGCUGGGUCAGCUGCAGGAGCUGAACGGGCUGCAGAGGAAGAGAGCCGCCGAGGUGCUCAACCUGCUGCUUAGAGACCUGAGCGACAUCGGAGCCAUCAUCGGGACCAGCGACGCCAAGCUGUCGGAGGCGAAGGGGAACGGCUCGGCGGUGGAGGAAGAGUUCACGGUGGCCCGCCUCUUCAUCAGCAAGAUGAAGUCGGAGGUGAAGUCUCUGGUGAACCGCAGCAAGCAGCUGGAGAGCGCACAGGCCGACGCCCACCGCAAGAUCCAGGCCAACGAGAAGGAGCUGGCUUCCUGUCAGCUGCUCAUCUCCCAGCACCAAGCCAAGAUCAAGUCUCUGACGGACUACAUGCAGAACAUGGAGCAGAAGAAGAGGCACCUGGAGGAGAGUCAGGACGCUCUGAGCGAGGAGCUGGCCAAGCUGCAGACCCAGGAGAAAAGACACUCGGGGGAGGAGAAGGAGAAGGAGGACAUCGGCAGGCCUGAUGGAGACGAGGACAUCAAGAAAACGCUGGAGGAGCAGCUGGAGCACCACAGGGAGGCUCAUCAGAAGCAGCUGGGCCGCCUGAGGGACGACAUUGACGACAAGCAGAGGAUGAUGGACGAGCUCACAGAUCUGAACCAGGGUCUGCUAUUGGAGCAGGGGAGGCUGAUGUCAGACUUUGACAAAGUGAAGGCCGAAGAGCAGGAGAAGGAUGAGAAGCUGCAGAAACUCAUUGUGAUAAAUGAGGAGAGGGAGCAGGCCAGAGAGGACCUGAGGGGCCUGGAGGAGACGGUGGCCAAAGAGCUGCAGUCUCUCCACAACCUGCGAAAACUCUUCGUUCAGGACCUCACCACGCGGGUUAAGAAGAGCGCAGAGUUGGACUGUGAGGAGGGGCUUGGAAAUGUGGCCCAGAAACAGAAGAUCUCCUUCCUGGAGAACAACCUGGAGCAGCUCACCAAGGUCCACAAGCAGCUGGUCCGAGACAACGCAGACCUGCGCUGCGAGCUGCCCAAACUGGAGAAGCGUCUGCGGGCCACGGCGGAGCGCGUCAAAGCUCUGGAGAACGCCCUGAAGGACGCCAAGGAGAGCUCCAUGAGGGACCGCAAGCGCUACCAGCAGGAGGUGGACCGCAUCAAGGAGGCGGUGCGCGCCAAGAACAUGGCGAGGAGGGGCUUCUCCGCCCAGAUCGCUAAGCCCAUCAGACCAGGCCACCACCCUCUGUCCUCCCCCAUCAGCAGCUCCAUCAGAGUGGGAGGGAACUACAACCACUAAAGCCAACUGCAACCCAACACUACAGACCCCUAAUGACUGAAGCAUGCCCACCACCUCAACUGGAAACAAGCCCCGCCCCUCCUGCUGGAGCACCAAUGGGAGGCCAUCACCACAUCCUUCCUGUAUAUACUGAUAUUUGACGUCAAGCUGUUUGAUCUGCUGAAUGUAGGUACCAGAGGAACAGUCCUGCUUUAUCUUUGAGGAUCAAUCAAAAACAAUUGUCUCCUCACUAAAGAUUUGUAUUAUAAUUGUGCAUUUUGUUGCUUAAUCACAACUAUUUAAACGAGGCCCUUUGUGGAGGAUUGAGAAGUGUAGCAGGUUGCAAUAUUUUCCUUUUGAUCGUGAGAUUGUACAGCUUUCCAAAGCUUAAAGAGCCAGGCGGAACAGGAAAAUAUUUAGGGUUUUAAAUGAAUCUUUAGCCAGCAUUUAUUCAUUUAGAGGAAUAGUUUGACAUUUUGGAAGUGUGUUCAAUCAAUAUUAGGCUAUAUCACUCUUUUCAUUAUACUGUAGCAAAUACAAAUAUCUCCCAAAAGGUCAAACUGUUCCUUUAAGAAUAACAUGUCUUUGUUGAGCAGUCGAUGCCAUUGAAGGUGACAGCUAAAGCUAUAUAAAGAACUUGAUUACAGCCACUUUGUACAGGCAAAAACACACAAACCGCUCGUUAAAGUGUGUGUUAAAAUAUUCCCCCCCUCUAAAAGUUGUAUUUAUACACUAACACUUACUAGCUAUACUAAUACCUUGUGUUUUGGGGCAUAUUUGACAUUUCCAAAGUUACUUUUACUACUUCUGUCCCCUGCUGAGAUAUUUAAUGAAGUAAGAAAGUUAUAGUGAUUCUGUCAGGGACACUUUAUUAAAAAUCUUUUUUUUUUUUUGGACAAAGCGUCUUGUAAGCUCCUGAUCAGACAAUCAGAGAUCUUAGUACGCAGAGUUAAUGACAGAUUGAUGAAUAUCCCUUAAAAAAGGCCAAUAGGAAGUAGAAAUUUGAAACUAAUUUAAUCCCAACACCCGCACUCUGUAACGUUACGUGACACCGUUUCUUUACGUGACCUCGUUAUGUAACGCCAUUUUGUUGGGUAACGUUUUAAAUAUUUUCACAUGUAUCUCGGCUUAUUUGUUGUUUAAAGUGAGCUGGAGAAUAACUGAAUGUAACUGCAUGGAUUAGAGCUUGUGUUAGGCAUGCUCAGGGAGGACAAACUGGACAUUUGUAUGCAGCGUGCAUUGAACUUAUCACGAUGACAUUUUGUUUGUUUGACUGUGCCAUCUUAUCUACUGAUGCAAUUAAAGCUAAUAAAAAUAUAUCUAUUUCACUUUUACCAUUGUUUUUUUCGUCCAAAUAAAAUGACAGACUUUUAAA